UCGAAGUCUAAGUUCGACAGUCUAAAUCGCUCCGCUCUACACCGUACGUCACGAUCUUCGCUUGCCUAAGCUAAGACUAGAAUAGAGACGUAUUUACGAGAAACAAGGGCCUUAAUUUAUAAUAGAAGAAAGAUGAUGGAAGCAAACAGAGAAAAUAACGCAACGAAGAUGGUGAACAAUGAAUGUAAGAUUCUUUUGCAAGAAUCGGAAAAAUUGCUGAAAUCUGAGAAUUUACAAAUGUGCAUUGAAUUUAGUGAUCUCUGUUAUUCAGUUCGCAACAGCAAAGGAGUAGAGAAAACAAUCUUACAUAAUGUAACGGGAUAUUUUCAACCAGGAAAGGUUACGAUGAUAAUUGGUCCUUCUGGCGCAGGAAAGACAACUCUACUGAAAAUUGUAUCAAACAAACAAUCAAUUGAUAUUAAAGGUACUAUCACGAUAAAUGGCAUUGAACGGAAUAGAGAGACAUUUCGCAAACAUGUAUGCUACGUGCCGCAACAAUUUGAUUUAUUGCCAUAUCUCACAGCGAGGGAAACACUCUACAUAGCAGCUCGACUAAAACUUGACGUUAAUCAGACCAAACAAGCGAUUCAUUCAGUUGUGACUGAUAUCGCGGAGAAUCUUAAUUUAUCAAAUUGUCUAGACACAUUAGCAUAUAAAUUAAGUGGUGGGGAACGGAAAAGGCUCUCUAUCGGGGUUGAAAUGGUGACUAAAACAACAGUUUUUUUAUUAGAUGAACCAAUAAGCGGUCUUGAUAGUGCUGCGUCUUAUCAGCUUAUUAGCAUAUUGCAUAAUAUGACAAAAACAAACUGUACAGUAGUUUGCUCGAUACAUCAGCCCAGUAGUCAUAUGAUGUCACUCAUGGAUAAUAUUAUGGUACUUAAUCAAGGCAAAUGCAUGUACUGCGGCCCAAAAAACGAGAUCUUAAACACGUACAACCUUGCCGGAUUUACGUGCCCUAGCUUCUACAAUAUAGCCGAAUUUGUGCUCGAGGUGAUAACCGAGCGAAGAGGUGGAGAUUUAGAAAAUUUAUACAAAAUCUGUCGUAAUGAAUACGAAAAGUUCAGACCACGCAAUAAACAUAAUAAAAAUGAUAAAUUUAAACCAGAUAAUACAAGCGUAUCUGCAAAUAACAUAAUACGAGAAAAGUCGAUGUGGCAACAGCAAAAGAUUUUGUUUCUACGAGCCUUAAUUUGCAUCAAGCGAGAUAAUAUUUUGACAAAACUAAGAUUUGCGACGCAUAUCAUAACUGCACUGCUAUUUGGACUAGUUUUCUAUAAUUUCGGCGAUAAUGCAGAAAAAGUGCACAGUAAUAUAGCUUGUUUAUUUAUAAAAGCAAUAUUUUUAUUCAUAAUAAAUGCUCUACUGACAGUGCAAACUAUUCCCACGGAAAUAACAGUAUUCCUACAAGAAUAUUUAAAUAAUUGGUAUUCUCUGAGAACUUACUACAGUGUAAAAAUAUUAACGGAUUUCCCAAUGCAAGUACUUUGCACCUCAUCUUUUUUGUUUAUAUCAUAUUACAUGACAGGGCAGCCAAUGGAAUAUAAUAGGAUUCUACAGAUGUGGAGCGUUUGUCUGUUAACUACGAUUCUUGCACAAGCAUUCGGGAUACUCUUAGGCAUAGUUUUUGCCACUGAAUUAGCUAUAUUUUUAAUAGCGGCAAUCAAUAUACCAUUAUUACUAUUCGCCGGAUUUUACGUGAAAAUAGAAGAAAUGUUGAUUUAUUUACAACCUUUAGGCUUUAUAAGCUAUUUCAGAUACUUAUUUGAAGGAAUGAUGCAGGCGCUCUAUCUUGAUCGGCCUAAUUUAUCGUGCCCGGAAAUGUAUUGUUACUUAAGCUCGCCAAAAAAGAUUCUCUCAAUAAUGGACGUCCCAACAGUGCCAUUUUACGUAAUUCUGAUAAUACUUGGUUCUUGGAUACUGUUAUUUCACGUAAUCAUCUAUGCAAUAUUAUAUUGGAAAAUUUAUUAUGCAAAAAAGUGAAGCUACCUCAGGAAAAUAUUCUGAAAAUAUCUUAAACAAAAAGUGACUUAUUAUGCAAAUUCUUAUAAUAAACAAAGUGUUAAGAAAAAUUGUAGAAUUAAGAAUGUAAGUUGCAUAUAUUGUUUUUUUACUUAAAUGUAUGAUAAAUAAUAAUAGCGUAAGGGGGUGAUUAAUAUUAUAUCAUAAAACAAAUUAAAUAUAAUGAUAAAAUAAAUUAAAAUAAUAAAUACAAGUGGAUAAUUAAUAUGUCGACUUGAUUAAGUUUACACACUUUAAUAGAUGUUUAUGUUACAAGUGAGGAAAAAUCGAUUAUUUUUAAUGUGAGGAGUGAAUGCGAGUGUAUUUAUCUGCACAAAUAAAAAAAUAAUCGAUCUGU